UCGGGCUUUAGGCCGUUGGCAGCCUGCUGCAGAAGCGGCACUUUACGAACGACGCGCCGGUGAAACUGCAGCCCUCUUCACUCCCAUCCAGAGGCAAAUCUUCAGCGGAAAAGUGUCUCCAUCAGCUUCAGAUCGUCGGUUUCGUCCCAGCCAUGGCUGUGAACGUGUUCUCGACUUCAGUGACAAGUGAAAACCUCAGCCGCCAUGACAUGCUCACAUGGAUAAACGAGUCUUUACAGAUGAGCCAUGCCAAGAUCGAGCAACUGUGCUCAGGUGCUGCUUACUGUCAAUUCAUGGACAUGCUGUUCCCGUCAAGUAUUCCACUGAAGAAAGUCAAAUUCCAGGCCAAACUUGAGCACGAAUACAUCCAUAACUUCAAACUCCUUCAAGGCAGCUUCAAAAAGAUGGGAGUUAGCAAAAUUAUUCCUGUUGACAAGCUUGUGAAGGGCAAGUUCCAGGAUAACUUUGAGUUUGUGCAAUGGUUUAAGAAGUUCUUCGAUGCAAAUUAUGAUGGGAAGGAAUAUGAUCCGGCGGCAGCUCGACAGGGACAAGAAAUGCCCACCAAUCAGAGUCCAGCAGCAGCAGCAGCAGCUACAGCCAACAAACCAAAGAAACCCAGCUCAGACACAGGCAUCACACCUGCAGUCAAGCCAAUGGCCCCUGUUGCUCCACAGCGUUCAGCCACAGCACCUAAAUCUGCACCAAAAACAGCUCCAGCUGCAACGCGAGGCACAGGAACAGGCAGCGGGGAUGAAGAGAAGGGAGCACUCACUCAGAUGAUAAAUGACCUGAAGGCCACUAUUGCUGACAUGGAAAAGGAAAGGGAUUUCUACUUUGGCAAACUGAGAAACAUCGAGCUCAUCUGCCAAGAGAAAGAGGGGGAGGGUGAUCCUACGCUGCAAAGGAUUGUGGAUAUCCUGUACGCCACAGAUGAAGGUUUUGUAAUUCCAGAAGAUGAGGCAGGAGAACCAGAGGAGUUUUGACCAAUCCAGGGGUGACUGUUUUUU